AUGCAGUUUAAGAACAUCCUCGUCGCUUCCUGUCUGGCUCUUGGUGCCUCAGCCGCUGCCACCAAUGCUACCGACAUUGCUCCUUCGGUCCAGAACCGCUUUGCCCAGAUCGACCUUGGUUACCAGCAGACCUACCUGCUCCUGAACCACCUGGACGACGGUACCAACAACACUUCUGCUGAUGACGUCGUCUCUGCUUACAACACCACUGCCAACGGCGAGGCUAAGGCUCUGGGCAAGAACCAGCCUAUCAAGCCUUUGACCGAGUCCACCCAGUUGGUCAUUUGCCAGGCUUUCCACUCGCUCGCCCUCACUGGUAUCCAGCUGAACAACGCUUUCGUCGAUAGCGCCUCCCACUUUAACAAGGCCCAGCGCAACGACCUGCAGGUUGCCCUGACCAAGGUUAACGACGAGACUGGCUCUUUCUUUAUCAACGUUGCCAAGCCCGCUCUUCCUUACUGCUUGACUACCCUCCAGACUGACCAGUCUGCCAUCUACAAGUCCAUUCUUGCCGCUUCCACCGCUCUGGACCCCUCUGAGGCUUUGCUUUAA